AUGCAAAUCCGCAGUCCACAGCAUCUGACCAGCAAUAUCGACAUUGUUGAUAGAGCCGCCUCAUUUGGUCACCCUGAAAACCAUACACGCGGAGCACUGGUCUCUAUCGACUUAAAUUGCCCUGCAGACUUUUUUUUCGGUCGCAAGGAUCUUGUCGCCAAGUUCAGCUUGUGUUUCACAACACAAAUCCAAGGCGGAUUUCACAAACCCAUUGCGAUCCAACAUGCGGAAGUCGGUUACUUUAGAACUGACAACAAUAUCACGAAACUGGUACAGGAUGUGGAGAAGCUUCCUCUGCUGAAAAUAUCAGGAGCUUUUAACAAGAAUGAAGCCGAUAAAAAGGGUGAAGCCGAUAAUGAAGCCGAUAUCGAAAUCCAUCAGUCAAAUGAUUCUGGAAGCGAUGAUUCUUGCAGUAUCAGAAUUGUAGCUCUCUUGGACGCAUAUCCAUCCAACAUGGAAGUGGCUGCUUCUUUAUCUACAUAUACUUCAUCUACUGCAGAAGGUCAUAUCCGUCACAGCCGCACCUUCACUAGCUCUACCGAUUCUCGUGUGGCUCCAUUUCCGAAUGAAGAAAGGCUUCAAAAGCUUUUAUGUUGGACCGCGGCUCUUGGUUACGAGAAGUUGUUUGAGGCAUAUCUUGACCAAGGGCCUUCCAUGCUUGAUAUGGAAGAUGAGUUUGGGAUGACACCCUUAUCAUGUGCGGCAUUUGCUGGGCAGAUUUCAGUGAUUCAACUGGCUCUUCAAGAAGGUGGCUGCGACAGAGCUAGAAAAAAGACUGCACGAGGACAUUCACCUCUCGAGGCUGCUGCGUGCAGAGAUGAUGCAUGUACCUUUGAAUCGUUUCUUAAAUUACUCAAAUAUUUCAAGGGUCUAGGCAGUGCGACUCCACCUGCCCAAAUUCCCAAGCCAGGAGCUAUGCCUGGACUCGAAGAUGGGGACAUCCAAAACGAGCUCGAUUCGGCUGCAAUUGGUGAGCAGACAGCAACUGUCCGGAAGUUGGUCGGUAUGCUCCUUACUCGUCAAAAUGAUCAGGAAAGCUGGCUAGCCCACCAAAUGCUGCAGGCAGCGAGUCGGGGAGCCCUCUGUCUUGUGCAAGUGUUAAAAUCUUUCGGGGCGAAAGUUAAGGCUGGAAUCGAUGUGGAGGUUGACGGGGAAGUUGGUCAUAAGACACCGCUUAUGAGCGCAAUAGAAGCGAACAAAACAAAGGUUGCGGAGUUCCUUAUUAUUCACGGUGCUGGAAACGAGGACGCAUUACGGGUCGCUGUCUGCAACAAACAACACAGUAUUAUUCAAGCACUAUUACAGGCCGGAAUUCUAGUGAAAGGAGAGCUCAAGACGGAGCUACUCAAUAUUGCGACCACGCAGAAAGACUCAACGACUCUCAUGCUAUUGGAAUUAGAGAAGGGUACCGGAAAGUUGGCAACCUCAGCAGACCUGGACCCAGACGUCGAUAAGCACUUUGAAGCAACGGUGGUUACCUUCCUGGAAGAGAAAACUCCGGAUUUUAAAGAGCUCAGUGUAGCCGACUUGAUGGGGAGAGGAGAGAACUUUUUUUCAUUAAAUAACGAAUCUAUAACUGACUCAUUUGGAAAGAAACUGAAGAUUAAGUUUAAAUGGUUUCAUUUGCCAGCAAACAAUAUGAAAUGGGUCGAGGACAACAAGGCUUUAUUUGGCAAUAUCUAUCAUGACGAUCCUUCGCUAGCUUACAAAGUUCUGGAGCCGAAGCGAUGGGUCAAGAGACAACAUGAAGGAGAAAGAGGCUCCCCACACGCACGCUUCAUGAUACCAGCAUGUCACGACUUCUCAGAGGCCUUCAAGGAUAAAAAGAGUGAGAUCACUGACACAAUAAUGAGAAAGCAGAUGCCUUAUCUUCAUUGGGAUGAAGAAGACGCAAUGCAAAAAAGAUCAAAAUAUAUAGCAGAAUCUUCUUCGGGUGGAACGACUUCCUAUCGCCGGGUGUGGAACGAAAGCUCUGCGCCCCUUGGAAAACUUGAAAAGGAGAAGAUGCUAUUGAGCAAGUAUCUGCUGUCCGAAGAUGAUUACAAUCCUAAUUUUCGUCACGUUCUCCAUAUUCGAAGGACCUUGGACCAAUAUCUAUAUCAUAAUCUGAAAGACACCAUAAUUCGAGAUGCCGAUCAAACCGUUCAUCGAUACCAGAAGAAGUUAAACAGAGACAAGGGCUCUGAGAAAGAAGACCCAUUCACAGCCAUUAUGGUGGAUCAACUUUGGCUUUGGAUCCUCGUUGAUCAAUCGGGGAAAGCCAAGGCAAUGGUCACAUGCUUCCCUUCUAGAGAUUGGGUCGACGUUGGCGUGAAGGCUUCGGCGCCGAACCAAAUGAAAUCGAUAUUGGAUCGAACGCGCACAACCGACGUCUUACAGAGUACGAGAUCCUACAUCCAACAGAGGCCCGAUGCCGUGAAGACACCAUAUGACCUUGCAGGGGUUAUUGCUAGCAGGUGCUCAAGAGCACUUCUUGAUCACUCUACGGAUAUGCUUAACUUUGCAGAGGUUUAUGAAAACUCCAUCAGUGAUAUUACAGCUAAUCAUUUUAACAUUAUCGUGGUGCAGAUGAACGAAGAAACGUUGCUCUUCAACAGAUUCAAUAGCUUGAUGCAGACUCGCACUAAAAUUUUGGAUGGAUUUAGAGAUAUGAUGAAGUCUAAUAGAUUGUCAAAAAAAGAUGACUCUUAUCGAAGCUCAGCAGACAAGAUCAUGGACAACAUCCAGUGGCUCCUACAACAGGAUCAGAUCCCCGAGGAUUCCGUGGAACUUUGCGACAAAUAUCGCAAGUAUACUCUGGAAUCGGAAAUACCGACUAUCGAUGAAAUUAAGAUUUUAGAGACAAGAGCCAGCGAACAAAAACAGAAUAAUCUAGAGACAAAAGAAGGUAAAGAAAAAUGGAAGGAUGACCUCAAAAAACUGCUCGAGAAAUUUGGUCGAUUUUAUGUUCUUGAUAUAACUAGAGAGAUUACCCUUCUCAGCCAGAUCAAGGAUAUUCAGGACGAGCUAGAAAUGAUGCAGAAGGUAUUUGCAGAACAGGAUGAAGCUCUCAAAGCGAUGGAUCGGAUCAUUCGCACGAUGGAACAACGAGAUUCCGACUCAAACGACAAUAUGCAGCCCGCAACCUUUGACGCCAAGUUGCACUAUCGAAGGGGUUCUAGAAGCAGGAAGAUGCAAGAAUACGACCCUGAAGAGAUUCAGGACAGAUUUGGUGACUACAAUUACUCCUCUAGCAUUGAUACCUUGCCUAUGGCAGCACACGCACUGGCUUCUGGUUCGGAUUUCCAGAAACUCAGUUACUCUUCUCAGAGUAUCAUCUGGGGCUUGGGCCAUCAGGAACAUAAUCUUCCACUUCGUACCGUUAGUCGGCAUUCUAACCAGAUCAAAAAAAUGCUUAAGCGCGCUAAAACCACCAACGAAGCGGAAGAAUAUUGA